CGUUUUGUCACCACACUCAUCAAGCCACGCGUGCAAAUUUUAUCGAACACGCACCACAAAGCGUCACGUGGGCUUUAUUAGACUAGGAGGAAGCUCGACGCCAUCAAACCGACCGUUAAUGACAAGCCUGCUUGGAAGGCUAAUACUGUUAUUGAUCUUGUGAUACCCUGUGGUUUGCGAUCAAAUGUUCCAAGGGCAAAUCGCCCCAAUGCUUGGCGAUAUAUGCAGAAAACGCGGCUGUCCCUAGGCGCAAAAGGUGCAGAAGACCAAUUUCUCUCUCUUGGACACAUGAACGAGGACGAGGGCGAAGAAAGCCGCCUCUCAAACGCGCCGAGUUUGACUCAUUUCCCCGCCAUCAGUUAUUAUGACAUAAUAAAUGGGCAGGACUUGAUAGUAAUGAGGUUGGAGAUUGUUGUUUGAAGCGGGUCAUCGUCAAGAAACUGACAUGAAGUGCUAAGCCUAUCUAUCACCUGAGGCCAACUGUUGCAUUGGGAUUGGGGCUUGGGAAUCUCUCCUUUGGCGAGCCUCUGAUGUUCCCUCGUUCUUGACUCUUUUUGACCAAACCAGGUGAUUGAUGGAGCGCUCUUGUUCGCUGUUGUCCUGCUCUCAGGGUUAGGGCUUUCGGGGUUUUAUUCACUCCGCCCACGUGGUUAUCAUUCUCAGCACUGGAUUCCUACAUCCACAAGACGCGAAGCGUCGCCUGAGUCCAAGCAGAUGAAAAGGGUUUCCUUUUCUUUCGUUCCGCAGCAUGAGUAAGAAGUUUCCUAUGCCGACCCUCUCCGCGGGUGCGAGAGUAGGAGGUACAGGAUCAGCACCAGACUUCUAGGCUCUUUUAUAUUGAUUUGCCACAGGGGGUACCUGCAACCUCAUAUCCAUGUGGUGGUAACUUAACUGUCUCAGGAUGGGGUCAUGUGCAUCACGUCUACACCUCAUUCCAUGUAGUGGGCUAAACUGGCUGUUGAGUUUGAUGUUUCUUGACUGUUAAGCGUUAUCAAUAUAGGUAGGAAGAGUCCUCUAAAGAGCUAUCUAUCUAUACGAUGUUUCUUUAUUCUCGUCCAAUCCUUCCUCGAAAUAUUUGAUGGAGCGUAAAAGCGAUACGUAUCUUACCGUAUUUUACCGCCUGCAGCUGUCAAUCCGGCGUUUUCGCUUAACUAGUCAUAAUAUACUCGGAAAUACAAAUAUCCGACCUCCUCCUCACCUCCUCAACUCACUCUUCUGUUCUGCCGUCACUCACCGCCAUCACACUUACUCUCACCAACCAAAGUGCAAGUCACGUGCCACAAACCUCUGUUUACUCACAACUUGGUGAUUGUUUCUGGUCUACAGUCCAUUCUGCUAUUUUCUUUUAUUACAGAUAACUCGAUACUGAUACAUCGUAUCCCCGCUUUCUGCUCUUGAUUUCACCAUUAUCUACUUUUCCCCGUUGUUCUUUCUUUACGAUUUACAAAAUGAAACGCGACCUCACUGCGGCGGCCUUCUCCGAGCCCGAAGAGGAAACCUUAGCGAGACUUGGCUAUCACGUGGACUUCGAUGACCAGGUCCUCCCGGGAUGGGCUUUCUCGGCUCCUGUCGCUGGUUUGGAACGGGACAAUCCUUUCCCUGAUGAUUUGCUCCCCAACAUUGACCCUCGGCUCCAUGCCAGCGUCGGCAAUUCUCAGCUGGAGCAGGAGUCGCUUUUCAUUGAGGACAAUGAUAGUCGUAAUGGCAAUGACAAUGACAAUGACAAUAACAAUGGUGAACAUCAUGAUGACGCUACUACCCAUUGGGUUGAUCCCGAUAAUGGCUUCUACCGAGACAGAUUUCCCGAGGAGACUCUGUUCGUCCACUCUGUGGAGCAAGUUCCAGAAGAAGCUCUGGCAGGAUACCACGAUAUGCCUGAACCACAACGACAAGUACAACAUAACCAAUAUGCCGCUAUCCCCACCGCCAAUCCCCAGCAGUCAAAAAGGGCAAAGAAGCCACGGAAGCCAAAGGACAAGCCUGAAAAGACUGGUAGACAUUCAGCUGCCGAGAUAUCUGCCGUCGAAGAUUUCAAGUCCCAGUUCUGCCAGUCCAACAACAUGUCAGGUGAGGACUUUGGCCGCAUGGUCCAGCACUGCGAGACCGACCGUGCCAGCUUCCCGUGUCCAGAAUCCAUCAUGACAAGGACCGAAUUCUGGAACCAUUUGUACGCCCUCAUGCCUGGUCGCAAACACAAAGACGUGCACCGCUAUAUGCGCUCGCACUACGUGGUCACCUCUCAGAAGCCGCGCCAAUGGACCAGGGAACAAGACGACGAGCUGGCCGCCUUGCAUGCAGAACACGGGUCCGAUUUCGCCAAGAUCGCCCGGAUCUUGGGCCGGGCCCGAGACGACGUCAACACGCGCUUUCGGAAACAUGUACAGCAUCGUGACAACCAGAAUCAUGGGUUAUGGACUGAUGAAGAGUGCGUGAAUCUCGAAAAUGCUGUGAGGCAAUGGCGGAAGGCUCAGCCCACCGAGGACGACGACACCACCGCCGGUGGUUCGUUGCCAGGGGAUAUAUAUCAGAUCGACCCGCACGAUAUCCUAUGGACUCGGGUGAGCGAGCUCAUGGGGCAUACCAGGACUAGGGAGCAAUGCGGUGCAAAGUGGAGGGCCAUGCGGAGAAAAUGGAGAGAAAGGGGGCACGACACAAGCCCAAAGUGA